AGAAGACCAAUGUUAUAAGCCCAAGUUUUAUUACAAAUUUUACUAAUUUUAUUCUUAAACUGUUAGUGGUUCUUUGAACUACUAGUCUACAGCCGACUCGUUGUUCAAUAAAGGGCAGUAAUUGCGAGGUCAGUUCCUGGUAGUUACGCGGUACUUUCCCUUGCCACUUCUCAAGAUGAGAGUCUGGCUGACGCUGUGUUCAUGGCGACCGCUUGUUUUGGAUACCGAGGGUUUUGCUGAAAAAAAAAACUUGCUGUGUAUGACUUCUUUCUCCACAAAAUUUACCAAUGAAAUAAAGAAAAUACAUACACAAGACUGACCAUACACGCAGUGUCAAAUGUAAACAAGAAAUAAGUUUAGACUCGUACUCAUCUGUGGCUGUCGUUCAGUUGGUGCUUGUUGUUCAGGAAGGCCGCGACAACACACGGAUCUUGAUGUAAAUAAGAGAAAGUGAAAAUGUUGCUGUAAAUUUCUGGCCUGAAAACAAAUCAUCUCAGUAAAGAAAUGACGACCUCAAGCGGAGUGGUGAAUUUAGUGGCUAAAAAACUAAAAUACUAUUUUGAUGUAAAACGUCUUGAAGAUGGAUUUGAUCUCUCAGACGUUCAUUCUCCAGUCCUUAAUCACCCACCUUUAAAGGCGAGACCAACACUGCAGUAUGAUGGAUUGCAUGAUCGAGCACUCAAGCAUUACUUCAGUCAGCCAGAGGUUCGAGUCCACCUUACACGUCUUGAUGUGGUUGAUUCUCAGAUGCAGAACCCCAGAGAGAAGAAAGUUAAGAAAACGUUGAAGAAACAGAUGAGGAAAUACCAUUAUUUGCUGACUGUGCCAGACUUGCCACCAGCUGCCUCUCUGCAUCAGAAAAGUCCCAUUCCAGAAUGCUAUUAUGUUUACACAAAAGAUGGUAUAAAACUACAACCCAAGCUUGUGGGAUUUGGCAGUGCUCCUAAGUCUCAGAAAAAAAGUGAAAUACUGAGGGGCGGUUGGCCACUGUUGCGUUCUGCACCUCCAACUAACCUACCCCGAAGUGAAGCUGAACGACUGAUCAACUCGGCCUCUAAAUUACUUGUUGCAACAACUGACUGGGACUUGGUGGAUACACGUGAGCCUUCGCACCUUAAGCAUGCAGAUAAGGACAAUUUUGAGCCUCACCAGAAGGAUGCCAAACGAAGACCCCUAACAGCCAAGUACACAUGGGAUGUUCAAGGUCAUCGGGGCCCUUCAGCAAAAAUUAAGGUGAUGGUAACCAUUGUCGAGCUUAUGAUGACAGUUACAUUGACAGAAGGCCAAGACAGCCAUAUCGAACCUGAGCGAGACAGUUCUCCUACAUCAACAUCCAGUACUACCUCAGAGAGCUCAAGGCCUACAUCUCCACCUCCACGACCUCCAUCACCACUGCCAAAGGCUGAUAGACCAAAGUCAGCUAGACACCGUCAUCAUACCAUCAUCAACAUGCCUCAGAACCAAAUCCAAGAUGAAGUUCAUCCUGUGGGACCCUCCCCUUGCAAGUCGGAAGUUGGCAGUCAAACUGACAAGCACCUCCUAGAGAAGUAUGACCAGAUGGAGGAGGAGGUUAAGCAAGGGCCAAAGGGAGAGUACCGUGUUCAUGUGGUGACAGGAAAGCGUAUUGGUUCCAGCACCAAUGCAGAUGUUAAGCUUGUUAUCUAUGGAGACAAAGGCCAUACACCGGAGCUCAUGCUUCAGGAGUCUAAAUACAACAAGGUCAAGUUCCAAAGAGGCAAGGAAGAUUUAUUUAUUUUGACUGCCCACCAUGUUGGCAAAAUGAAGAAAAUCAAGAUUGGUCAUGACAGACCGCAGCUAAACUUUGCAUGGUAUCUGGAGAACAUCACAAUUCAUGACAUAAAUGACAAGCGAACUUACUACUUUCCCUGUCAGCGCUGGUUUUCGGGUCAAGAUGAUGAUCACCGAACCUAUAGAGUUCUUCCAGUAGACCGAGAAUAUGCCUUUGUUGAUGCACCGGACACACAUGAUCUUGCGCCAAAGAAAAGUGAGCAGAGCAAACAAUCAGAAUCAGAGACCUCUGAUUCUGAGUCAGAUUUUGUUCCCAAAAAAGGGAGGAAAAAAGACAAAACGAGCCUGCGUGCAAAGCACAGCCAGCGCUCAAGCAAGCUCUCUUCCUCUACCAGCUCCUCAAACAGUAAAGAAGUCAAUAAAGGGGCUGCUGUGAUUCAGAUGUCUGCCUCAGCAUCCAGUGAGUCUAAGAAAACCUUAGCCAGGAAGGAAAAAGAGGAACUAUUGAAUGCAAAGAUGCCUGGAACAGUGAUUCAGCUUCAAAAGAAAGACUCAGAGAAAGUUGAGGAAGAGAUCCACCUCAAUGAGGGAGGGAAGGAUGGUCAAACUGCUGCUACAGGUGCAGAAACCCUGCCUGGUCACAAGACAAGUUUGGAGGCUUCUGAAGAAAAGGAACGUAGAAAGAAAGAAGACCAACGAGCCUCUGAUCGACAGUUGCUCUCAGGUCCCACAGUGCAUGAUGCAGCACGCAGUGGUGACCUUCACCGCAUACAGGAACUCCUGGAAAAGUUCCCAGAAAUGAAAGACUUCAAAGAUGAAAGUGGAUGGACACCUCUCCACUUAGCAUCUGCCAAUGGACACGUGGACAUCAUCAAGUGGCUGACUUCUUCUUCUCAUGAUGACCUUGAUGUGGAGACUCCAACUGGCUAUACCUCUAUUCAUGUGGCAGCUAUGAAUGGCCACAUCCGUGCACUCACAGUGCUGAAUGCUAUGGGUGCAAGCCUCACUUGCAAAACAGUUGAGAAACACACACCACUACACUUAGCUGCAAGAAAGGGAGAUCUGGAGUGUGUCAGAUGGUUAAUAGGAAAUGGAGCAGACCUACAAGCUGAGGACAAUUUUGGUCGCACACCAGAGCAUCUGGCCAGAGAGUAUGGCCAUGAUAUUGUGGCUGAUCUGCUGCGGGUGUCUGAGCGUGACCUUAAAGACCCAAACAGUAGCCUUGCUCAGAUGCAUAGAGCCAUGCAACGGAAGGGAUCUGCAGCACUGCCAACAAUUACUGAAGCUGAGGAUAAGGCAAGCUCCAGUUCAGACAAACCUGAGGUUGGCAGCAUUUCAAUCAAGGCUGCUCACAAGAAAUCCAAAGCAGAGGAUGACUUAAAGCAACGUAGGAACAUCUAUGAGGAACAACACCGUCGUAUGGAGAAGCAAGAAAUUUCUUUCUUAGACAGCAUCAGACAAGAUGUGGAAGAUGAAGCUUGACAAUGCAUGCAAAAAUUAGCAUAGCAAUGCGUCAGUACAGAAACUUUAAAGAAGCACAGUAAAUUUUCAGAUUGAGAAAAUAUGCUAUUUUUCAGAUUUUGAAGUUUCUUUUUAAAGACUUUAGUCCAAUUUAUAUACAUAAAUUGCAUACAUAAAAGCAGUAGACUUUGUGCUUGAACUUUGAUUAGUUUACACUGUGCUGAUUUUUCUAUUAGAAAGGUUGUUUCUGUUUUCAAUGAUAUUCUAUUUUACAAAUUAUAGUAACUUUUCUCAUUGAUUUGUUUCUGCAUUUAGUGCCAAAUGCACAGGUCCAUGUUACAUGUGCUCUAGUUUAUUGUCUUUUAUCUUUUUGUUGUUUCAUGCAUUCAUACCAUUUUACAGCAAGAUUUUUCAACACUUCUGAGGAAUGCUCCAUGUCAAGUAACCUAACCAUCAUUGUUUUUUUAAGGUUCAUAGUUUUUUUUACAUUAAGUUGAAAGACCUCUGAGGUUGAUCAACUUUUAUUUCAUUAUGAUGUACUUUCAAUCUAUUUUAUACUGAUUAUUUUGCAUUUUUUUUUAAAAAUCAAGUCUGUAAUAUGUACAUGGGACUGAAGCAGGGUAGAUACAAUAUGUUGCGGUUUACAGUGAGUGGAUGUGCCAAUAGAGGUACCACAUUUCCAUCUUCCUGGCCAUACAAUAUAACCACUUCAGGUUGUGCCCUCAUUAUACUUCUCUAGCCAUUUAUAGAAGUUUCAUCACAGAUUACUUUUGAUGCAGUUGACAUAAUCACAUUCCUUUUAAGAACUUCUUUGCUUCUUAUUUAGAAUGGUGUGGUACUGGCACAUUUUGUUGACACAAAUAGUUCUUUCCAUCUGAGCACCACUGGGAAACUCUUUAUUGUUGAUUGGGUAAAACAGCAAAACUAAAAAAAAAAAACUAUACCCAUGUUGUUUUGAUGUAAAUAUACAGCUCAUGCUUUUAGAAAAAAAAUGACACUACAUUUCUUGUCUUCUUGCUAUCUCAGUCUUGCAUCUACUACAGGAUGUAAAACAAUCAUCUUGGUGGAUUUUUAAUUUCUCUCCUCUUCUUUAAGCACAUCCACAAACUGCUGUGCAUAAAGCUGAUAAAUAGAAUGUGGCCAUGCAUGUGACUGGAAGGAUGUUGUUUUUUUAAAUGUGUUAUUUCUGUACUUACAAAAGUGAAUGUUAUCAGUGCUGAAGAGUUUUUCAUGUUACAGAUCAUUUUAAACUUUUUACGAUGACCCAAGUGCCAUCAGUGUAGUUGAUAUUGUAUGUGAUUUAUGCAUUCAUUUUUCUCUUGACAACUUUUAGUGUUUUCAAGACCAUCACUUAUUUGCUCUUUAGAAUAAUCACAAAGUGCCACAAAGAUUUCCAGAAAGCUUUAUAGGAAGCUUCCAGACUAUCACUUAUGCUUCAGUACCAAUAUAUAUAUUUUUUUUAUUGCACAAGCAUUUUGUUAAUUAUUCUGCAAAUUAUCCAUCAAAUAAGUGAAAUUAUGAACAUAACCCUACCAAAAGCCGUAAUGGGUCUCAAUCUAUUGUCUCAACCUUAACCACGUGAACAAAAAAAAUGCAGAAUAACAGCAGGAGAUGCAGAGUCAGCAUGAGACUGAGACUAGUACCAUCCUAUGCCCUUCGGUUGAUCAUCAAACUAUGCAUGUUUACCAUACAGCAGGCAGCAUUUUAAGAGAACUGGCAGCCCCACUCCCCAGACCCAGUAACAUCAUAUGUUUGUCACCGGUGGCCAUAGCCAUGCACUAGCACCAGAGUAAGGUCUAUCGGAUGUAGACUGGUGUUAAAGCAAGAUAUCUUGGGAAUAUCCAGUUUUGUUAUGCACUGGUAUAAUUUGUUGGAUGUAGGCCAUAGCAUUCAGUUGGUAUCAAAAGCUAGUGAUUGUCUCUUGCUUCUGUUGUCUGUUCUUCUUCGAACUAGAGGCAGAUGUGAGAAUGUAUGUGAUUCUAAGGUUUAAGACCUCGAUUGUUGCUUUUUCAAAAAAUGUUGAAGCUUCCAUUCAUAGCUGUGGUUGUGAUGAGAUACCUCCCCCUGGUGCUUAAGGGGUCAGGGUGGGCAGAGUAACUGGCUUCACAGAAGCUUUAGGUCACCUCACCUGCAAUGUUCUGUAAUUUCUUGACAGAAAUUCUUUUCCUGGCUUGUUUUUUAACAGGAGAGUCCCAGAUCUCAUAUAUUGCAAACAUUUCCAUACUUUAGUCCUUAUCUCUAAUCUUUCAUGUAAACACCUGAAGCAAGCUAAGCAAACUUUUCUUGCACAGUGACCAUUACAGUGAAAGUGAAAUAGUUUGCUCAAGACUAAAUGAGACCCAUGUCAUGUUAAUGCCUUUAAGAAAGAACAGCUGUUGCAGCUUCUAUACAAUAAACCAAUCCAUUGAGUUUCAUUUCAUAGUGAGAUGAAAAAUUAAUGAAGGAAGACUUGAAAUGCUUUAAUACAAAUUGGUUUGGCAACAAAUGUUGUAUAGACAAAAAAAUCCAAAAAAGGAUAUGCCUCUUCAUAUUCAUAGAAUUCAUUUUAAACAAGGAAGCAGUUGUUCAAUGUCAUUCAGAAGCAAAAAAUAGUCAUUUUCAUUGUCCAUUCAAUCAGUUAUUCCAAGUGUAAAAUUAACAAUAAAAAUUUCUGAUCAUUGAAUAGUGAUGUUUUGUAAGUUUUUGUGCGGUUUUAGCCAACAUUUAGGACAUGGACAGAUUCAGGCAGCAUGGCUGGGAAAAGAAAAGUUAUGAUUCAUAAACACCAUCAAAGGCUACAUAUAAAAAGUUACAUCCUUAUAAGAAGCAUUGAAAUAGAACCCCCACAUAAACUGGUUGAGUUUUGUAAACACCAAUUAAAUAGAUGUAAAUCUGCUACAAGCAACUCCAAGGCAAGGUGUUCUUAAAAUUCUUUACACUCUGCAACUGUAACUAAUUCAGAUCAUAGUUAUUACACCUAAACAUUCUGUGCUGCCUGUAAUGUUUGUUGAUCAGAAUUUAUACUCAAGUUUUAAAAGAGCUAAAAACUGAAAUGGAAAAGUUAGUCUGUGAAUAAACUUUUAUAGUAUGAA